AUGAGUGACGAAUUAUCAUCAACUUUACGGCCGGGUCAAAUUUUCACUCAUCAUGGCAAAAAGUAUAAAAUAUUGAAGCAAAUUUGGUUUGGACCAUUUAGUGAGGUAAUGAUUGUUAAAGAAUUUAAUGGAAAUGAACGAUAUGCGAUGAAAAUUGAGAAAACAAACGAUCCACAAAGAUCAGUGCUAAAAUUAGACGUUUUUGUACUACGUGAAUUUCAAAAUACUAAAACGAUUGGUAUUCCACAAUUAAUUGAUCAGGGACGUACCAAUCAAAUUAAAUACGUUAUCAUGCAACUUCUUGGACCAGAUUUGGAUAAAUUACGUCGUUGUUUACCAGGCAAAAAAUUUACUUUAACAACGGCACUUCGUCUUAGCAUACAAACAUUAGAUCGAAUUGAAACAUUACAUGAUACGGGUUGGCUUUCACGUGAUAUUAAAGCAAAUAAUUUUGCAAUUGGUUUAAAAGAUGAUAAUCAAACUGUUUACAUUCUUGAUUUUGGAUUUGCUAGACGAUUCAGAGAUAAAAGUGGUAAAUUUUAUCAGCCACGUAGUUCAGCAGCACUUAUUGGAUCAAUUUAUUACUCAUCGUUAGCAGCGCAUGCAUUUAAAGAUCAGUGCCGAAAAGAUGAUAUUGAAUCAUGGUUUUAUAUGGUUUGUGAGUUUAUUAAAGGUCCACUUCCAUGGGCAAAUGCAGAUGUUCGAGAAGAUUAUUUAUUAAUUGGCGAAUGGAAACGUUAUGCGAGAUUUAAUGGACGAUAUGAAUUACUUAAGGGAGUACCAGAAGAAUUUGAUAAAAUAUUAGAAAUGAUUGAUAAUAUAAAAUAUUUCGAACGACCGGAUUACCGGACUUUCCGUAAAUUGAUCAAAAAUAUUUUUGUCAGAUUAAAACUAAAUUAUAAUGCACCAUUCGAAUGGCAAACAAAUCCAAGUCUUAUUCAAAAAGCAUCUGUAAUCGGUGAUCAAGGUCAAUCAUGUUUUAUCAGUUAUCGAUUACGAGAAUUAACACGAAAACGUGAUGAUACAAUUUUUGUACCAUAA